AUGCGCAGCCUUAUCGGCCUUGCCCUGCUUCCACUAGCAGUUGCAGUCCCCCAUGCUUCACACAAGUCAGAGUCAGACUCGACUUACGACUACAUCAUCGUUGGAGGUGGCACCAGUGGCCUCGUUGUUGCCAACCGACUGUCCGAGCAAAAGGACACCACCGUCCUCGUGAUCGAAGCUGGCGGCUCUGUCUAUAACAACCCAAAUGUCACCGACACUCUGGGAUACGGCAAAGCCUUCGGGACCGACAUUGACUGGGCCUACGGGACGACAGCCCAAGAAUAUGCCGGUGGAUUCUCACAAAUCGUGCGUGCCGGAAAGGCACUCGGAGGAACAUCGACCAUCAACGGCAUGGCCUACCUCCGUGCCCAGGCAGCCCAGAUUGAUGCCUGGGAGACCAUCGGCAACAAGGGCUGGAACUGGAAGACUCUUCUCCCUUACUUCAAAAAGAGUGAGCAGUUGCAAGAUCCGACAAAGUACCCAUUCUUGGAUGGAUCAGGUGUUGCCUUUGAUCCUGCCUACCACGGCUUCACUGGGCCCCUGAAGGUUGGCUGGUCUUCAGUCCAGUUGAACGAUGGUCUCGCUCAGACGUUGAACGCCACCUACCAGAACCUCGACGUCCCUGUUCCCUACAACCGGGACGCCAAUACCGGUGACAUGGUUGGAUACAGUCUGUAUCCCAAGACAGUCAACUCCGAUCUCAACAUCCGUGAAGAUGCUGCUCGUGCCUACUAUUACCCUUACCAGAACAGAACCAACCUCCAUGUCUGGCUCAACACACACGCCAACAAGCUUACCUGGAAGGAGGGUCACGAGGCCACCGCAGAUGGUGUCGAGGUCACUCUUUCCAGCGGCAAGAAAACCGUGGUGAAGGCUACCCGCGAAGUGAUUCUCGCUGCUGGUGCAUUGAGAUCUCCCGUCCUGCUCGAGCUCUCUGGUGUCGGAAACCCAGACAUUCUUUCCAAGCACGGAAUCGAAACCAAGAUUAACCUGCCAACUGUCGGUGAAAACUUGCAGGAUCAAAUGAACAACGGUCUCAAGUUCGAGUCAAAGAAGACCUACGGCACCAACAAGAGUGCUAGCUACGUCGCCUACCCCUCAGCUAACCAGCUCUUCCCCAACUCCACUGCACUGGGAGCCGAGCUUCUUCGCAAGCUUCCCGCUUAUGCAGCUCAGGUUGCAUCCGCCAACGGCAACAACACCAAUGCCCGCGACAUCUACCGCUUUUUCAAGAUCCAGUGGGAUCUGAUCUUCAAGGAUGAAAUCCCUGUCGCAGAGAUCCUGCUCUCGGCCUCUGGAGCCUCAUACAGCAGUGAAUACUGGGGUUCUGUUCCGUUCUCUCGCGGUAGCAUUCACAUUUCUUCCGCAGACCCCACGGCGCCGGCUAUCAUUGACCCCAAGUACUUCAUGCUGGACUUUGAUCUCCACGCUCAGGCGCAGGCGGCUCGGUUCAUUCGUGAGAUCUUCCAGACUAAGCCGUUUGCUGAUAUGACUGGCGCUGAAACCACCCCCGGUCUUUCGACUAUUGCUGCUGGUGCUGAUGACGAGGCCUGGUCUAAGUUCAUUUACAGCAAGUACCGAUCAAACUACCACCCGAUUACUACAGCUGGCAUGCUGCCUAAGGAGCUUGGUGGUGUUGUCGAUACAUCGCUGAAGGUUUAUGGAACCUCGAACGUUCGUGUUGUGGACGCUUCGGUUAUGCCGUUCCAGGUCUGCGGUCACCUUCAGAGCACUGUGUAUGCGGUUGCUGAGCGUGCGGCCGAUAUUAUCAAGGGACAGUUGUAA